AUGUCAAAUACAUCGGAAAAAACCCCGAACCCGGUAAUCUCACCGACAAGCUCUCGUUCCGUACCAGGGACGGUAAAUGGGUCGCAACGUCUCGUAAUCCAGGGGUACUCUCUGGCGAAAGGCAUGGGCAUCGGAAAUUACAUAGCCAGCGAUAUUCACUGUGGAAGCGAGGGAACGGACGUCAAGGCCCUGUUCGAGUUGAGCAUGAUUGACCAGAGCGGGAAAGGGAAGCACAAGGUGCACAGCCAGUUUGAUACGCCGCCUGAGAGUGGGCCUUAUACUCUUAAAUACUGUGGUAGCAUGUGGGGAUUCAAGCGCUUUUACAACCGAGAUAUGCUUGAAACUUCAGAUUAUCCGAAAGACGAUUGCUUGGAGAUCAACUGUACAGUUGGAGUUGUAGUUUCUGCUAUCUGA